CGUCCUCGAACUCGAACUCGCAAUUGCCAUUGAGAACGUUAGAAUCAUGCCCGCAUCUCCGAAAGUCAUCGUUGUUACCGGUGCCAACAAAGGCAUCGGCGCCGCAAUCGUCAAGAAACUUCUCACUCAACCCCAUACCCCCGGCGCACCCACUCGAAUCAUCUACUUGACAGCCCGCGACCCCGCCCUCGGCCACGCCACCUACACCUCCCUCCUCACCCUCCGAUCCCCUCACGCUAUUAUCAAAUUCCACGCACUCGACAUCACAUCCACAGAAAGCUGUGAGGAAUUCAAGAAGUUUCUGCAGGUGACGCAUGGGUAUGUAGAUGUAUUGGUGAAUAACGCGGGCGUUGCGUGGAAGGGGGAUGCGUUUGACGAGGAAGUCGUCCGGGGCACCUUGGCUGUCAACUUCUACGGCACGAUCCGCGUCACUACCAUUCUCCUACCUCUUCUUCGAGCUACUGGCCGUGAAGCACGAAUCGUAAAUAUUUCCUCCGGCUCCGGCAUGCUCGUCCGCCUCCGCGAUCCCGCCCUCCGCGCAGCAUUCCGUGAUCCGGCACUCACCGAAGAAGGAUUAUUGGCCCUCCUCAAGAAAUUCCAAACAGACGUCAGCGCAGACCGCUGUCUCGAAGGCGGGUGGCCGAAACAAGCUUACGCUGUAUCUAAAAUUGGGGUGACUGCCUACACCAAAGUCCUCGCACGUCGCCUCCAGAACGUACAGCUUGCGGGCAAAGGAAAGGGGAAGGAGGAGGAUAAGGUUUUGGUUAAUGCUUGUUGUCCGGGAUGGUGUCGGACGGAUAUGGCGGGUGAGAAUGCGACGCAGAGUGCGGAGGAGGGGGCGGAGUUGCCGGUUAGGUUGGCGGUGGGGGAUGUUGGGGGGGUCACUGGGGGGUGGUGGCAUGAGGGGGUGGUUAAGGAGUGGUGACAUGGCACCACGGGAUGAGGUUUGGUAGGAAAGAAAGACAGUGUAUGGAUGUCAAGGAACAAGGAGGUGGUCUUGGCUGAGUAUGUGCUGUCAUGGAGCUGGAGUGGAGAAACAUGAAGACACGGAGCCCGGGAGAGAACGCCAGCCGCUUGGCAAGGUAGAUGCAGAU